AUGGCUCGGGUUCCUUCGUUCCUGAUGGUCGUCGUGGCCCUCAUGUCCGCUAUCGUGCUGGUUCCCGCCGUCCGGGCACAGUCUCCGGCGCCGGCGCCGGCGCCUGCUCCCACCAGCGACGGGGUGGCGAUCGACCAAGGGAUUGCUUAUGUGCUGAUGCUGGCUGCCUUACUCCUCACCUAUCUCAUCCAUCCUCUGGAUGCAUCCUCCGCCUCCGACAAGCUCUUCUGAGUCGACAUCCAUCCAUCCAUCCAUCCAUCCAUCCAUCCAUCCUUCCUCUGAAAAGUCUGAAAUGGGCGUGCCUUUUCUUUUCCGUUUUGAGUCGAGAUGAUGGGGUGUGAUUUCAUUUGGGCCCCCCAUUCUGUUUGGGCUGUGUGGACGAAUAUGAUCUAUUCAUUAUAUGAUCUAUUCUUUUUAUUUUAUUUUA